AUGCCGCCUGGUUCAGUUGUUGUAACUGGCGCCAAUCGAGGAAUUGGCCUCGGACUUGUGCGUCAGUUUCUCAAAGAUUCCCAAAUAAACCACAUUAUAGCAACAGCAAGAAAUCCGGAUAAAGCGAACGAGCUGCGAUCGAUAAAUGACAAACGACUUCAUCUGUUACCACUUGAUGUCGAUUGUGACAAGUCGAUCGUAAAGUUCGUCGACAACGUGAAAAAUGUUGUCGGCGAUAAAGGACUUAACUUAUUAGUAAAUAACGCAGGGAUAUUUACACCAUACGAACCGAAACAGACUCCCGAUCGAAGCUUAGUAGCGAAACAGCUGGACACGAACGUAACCAGCGUGAUUAUCUUGACACAACAUUUGCUCCCACUUAUUACUCAAGCAGCAAUUAAAAACGGUGCAGGGCCUGAAAAAAUGUCUAUCGACCGAGCUGCUGUUAUUGUGAUUGGCUCUCAACUUGGGUCAAUUUCACAAAACAAACGAGGAUCUUCUAAUCUCAAAUCGCUUGUUUAUGGUGUCAGUAAGGCUGCAAUUCAUCAAUUCGUCAAAACAAUUUCUAUUGAUUUAAAAAACGACGGCAUCUUGACAGCGAGCUUCCAUCCAGGAUGGGUUCAGACCGAUAUGGGAGGGCCUCAUGGUCCGUUGACCGUUGAACAAUCAACUUCAGCUCUAGUCGAAAGUUUCGCGAAGCUUAAUGAAAGACAUUCCGGAGGAUUGUACGAUCCCGAAUUUAGCACAAUUACCUUUUAA